AUGCUGCAUGUAUGCUUCUUUCCCAACGGGGAUGCAUUUGCGACGGGCUCGGACGAUGCCUUGUGCUGGCUGUUUGACCUGAGGGCCGACUGCGCGCUGAUCAGUACACACAUGACAAUGUACUCUGAGACUGCGGGAUCACCUCAGUUGCCUUCUCCGCCUCCCCGGAUCCUCUUUGCGUGCUACAACGACUUCAAAUGCACCUUCUGGAACACGCUGAAGGGCAAAAGAGUUGGUGUUCUGGCCGGCCAUGAGAACCUUGUCUUUGCGUCCUGUCUGACCAAAUGGCCCUUUGUACAGGUGGCUGGGAUAGUACGCUCAAGGACCAGCGCACUCCACCGUCAUGUCAAUCCAUGA